UCGAGUAAUGACAGGCGGUUUUCAGCAAUCCCUGAAAAAACGCAUCAUCGUGAAAGCGGAGAGAAAGCAAGGUUAGGAUAAAGUUGGUUGAUUGAUCGUAAACUGUUGAACGCAGAAAUAAUCAGGGAAAGAAAAAAUGGAAUGUUUAAUUGGAAUACAGUUUAAAGAUUUCGUGCUCGUCGCAGCCGAUAUGACGACCGCACAAUCAAUUAUGGUUAUGAAAACUGACGAGGAAAAAAUCCACAAAAUUUCGGACAAACUCGUAAUGGCCGUUUGCGGAGAAUCCGGCGAUACUACUCAAUUUUCGGAAUACAUCGCUAAGAAUAUUCAGCUUUAUAAAAUGAGAAACGGCUACGAAUUGUCACCGAAAGCUGCCGCCAGCUAUACGAGAAGAAACCUAGCUGAUUAUCUUCGUACAAGAACUCCUUAUUUCGUCAAUCUUUUAAUGGCUGGAUAUGACGAGGAAACCGGACCUCAACUUUUCUUCAUUGAUUAUAUGGCAUCAUGCGUCAAAGUCCCUUAUGGUGCUCAUGGCUACGGAGGUUUCUUCUCUUUGAGUAUCCUCGACAGAUAUUACAACCCGAAUAUGAGCGAAGCAGAUGCUUACAUUCUAAUGAAGAAAUGUGUGCGUGAAAUUCACAAAAGGCUCAUAGUGAAUCUGCCUAAUUUCAAAGUGCAAAAGGUAUCAAAAGAGGGUAUAGUGAAUUUGCCAUCAAUCACAGCUCAGAAUUUGGCAGUUGAAGAUGCAGCUAAGGCAUGAAAUAUCCUCUAAAAUUACUGUACGUCAUGUUUGCAUUUGCAGAAAUUAAGAUAAGAAUAAAUUUGAAUAAAUAAAACAAUUGUAAUAAUUCGAAA